AUGCCUAGGGCAAUGUCCUUAACAAAGUAAAAUAAAAUUACAUCAAAGAAAAACGGACACUAUAUGCAAGUGUACAAUUCACCAAACAGCGUUCUGAUUUUAAAAACAACCUUUAACAAGGGCAAACUAUAGUUUUUUCGUCCUGUCUAAGAAAUUACUCUGUCGUUGCCCAAGGCUAUACGCCCAGUUUUUUUUUAUAUUCGAAAGAGAAUUAGAAUAACAAAGUACAGUUUGAAACAUGCAGUCUUCAAAACGAUUAUGCUGCAUGCCAUCGGUUAGCUUAUUCAGACCUUUAUUGAAAAGAAAUUUAGUUCACUGGUUUGUACAUAAAACAUGUCUUUUAAUUUCCGUCGUCGGGAUCCUUGCCGUUUUAAGUCACCUGCUGGGUUCAAAGCGAAGAUUGGCACAGCUGCUUCCAUCAAGAAAACUAGGACGUUUCGGAUUUAGGACGGCAGAUAAUUUUGGAGCAGGUGCAGAAAUUGAGCCAAUUUAUAUCCUCUUCUGGAUCGGACCGUUUGGGGACCAACCUGAGUUUCGAAUUGAUCCCAAUUUAUGCGGGAAUUGCGUCCUUACUUAUGAUCAGAACUACUUAGAUGCAAGUGAAGCGGUGAUUAUUCAUUUUACCGAAGCUAGAAUGGACUUGGUACCGGAUCCAAGAAGACGUAAGUCUCACCAAAUGUUCGCUUUCUAUUCCACGGAGUCGCCAUUCGCUGUAACAACCUUACGAAAUUUAACUUUUCCGGACAUGGAUUUCUACUUUAACUGGACGAUGACCUACAAGCGGGACUCGGACAUUUACCUGCCAUUUGUGGAGUUCAACCGACAGAACGGAGUUUUUAAUGGUUUCACUGAAAAUGAAUACGGCGUGGAAAUUGUGGAUAAAAUAAUGAAGCAAAAAGCUGGGAGCUUUAUGGCUUUGUGGAUGGCUGGGAACUGUCAUAUUACUAUCAGUGCGAUUCAUAGAAAAUAUUUAAUUUUUCGGCUGGAAAGCUUGGGCUUAACUAUCGAUAAAUACGGAGAAUGUUUCAGCCAAAACGCGCCGAGGAAUGGGAAAUACUUUACCUUCGCUGCCAAGUAUAAAUUCUACAUGGCGUUCGAAAACGCGGAGCAUUGUCGAGACUACAUCACCGAAAAACUUUGGUCCAAUUCGUACGAAGCCGGUUUGGUGCCAGUGGUGUGGGGGCCAACCAAAGCAGAUAUUGAAGCAAUUGCUCCGAAGGGUUCGUUUAUAUAUGUCCCAGAUUACCCACAACUGUCCGAUCUUGUUGAAUAUUUAAAAUACCUCGACCAAAAUCCAGUCGAAUACCGAAAAUAUUUCGACUGGCGACUUCGGCAACCUACGCCAGCCGAAUACAUGAUGGUGGAACAUGGUCCGAAGUAUCAACGUGACGUUGGUAUGUGUAAAAUGUGCAGACUUUUGUGGGAGAAACGAAGAUAUAACAACAUUACAAGUGUAGUGCCUUCAAUUGGUGAAUUUAUGAAACGAAACGAAUCAAAAAAAUGUUUAAUGAAAGCAAGUACUGGCAGAGUCAAAUUAUUGUAGUUUCAAAAAUAUUUUUAUUAUUCGCAGUUAACUUUUUUGUGUGUCUGUCGUGUGUUUCGCUUUUUUAAAGCGACUCUCCACAUCGCGCAAGGAUUAUGACGUUACAUUUUUUAUUCUUUUUGUGUUUUGCUAUAUGGCACGUGUAAGUGUGCAUUUUUAGUUUUUAUUUGUUAUAUCAUUUACUUUGUUAAUAAACAUAGGUGAGGAAAGAUGGGACAACGCUUCAUGUUAUUUUCUCCAUUUGGUAGAAAACAAAGAACAUUUAAAGAAUUAUAAAACUGUGUUCUCACGAUUCCUAUAGACCGGUGGAAAUUGUUUAAAACACGAUCAAGGUAUUUGAAUACUACGUGCUAAAGGUGUUCUGUCUUCCGCAAUUUACUUUAGUUUUAUUAAACUGUUUUACCGUUUUCGGUUCCGACUUGUUCGUCUUACAUAUACAGCGCAUUUUAGCAAUUUGUGCCUCUGGACUAAAUGCAAUCACUUGUAUUGUU